UUUUUUGAAAAGCAGAAACGUCCGAGUGCUCCGAUUUUCACCAAGCAGAGAAUGAAUAACACCAGCAACUUUGAAGAGGAGUCAUGUUCGUACAUCGACAAAUUCAAAGCUGGCAUCUUUGUACCAACGUAUAUCACCAUAUUUAUUUUUGGAUUUAUUCAAAAUGUCUUCUGUUUAUACGUAUUCCUGAAGCUAUACAAGAAGAAGACGGCAUUCAGCAUCGUUAUGGUAAAUCUGGCAAUAUCGGAUCUGCUCUUUGUCUGCACUUUACCCUGGCGGGUUCACUAUUAUUGGAAUGACAGGAAAUGGGAGCUUUCAAAUGCUUUCUGCAUGUUGCUGACUUAUGCUCUGUACCUCAACAUGUACUGCAGCAUCUAUUUUUUGACUCUGAUGAGUGUUUUGCGGUACUUCGCCGUAGUGCAUCCAAUUAAAGGUUUGAAGUAUAGAAAUGUUGGAACUGUGCGAAUCAUGUGUGUUGCAGUCUGGGUGUUUGUGGGAGCAGUAUCCAGCCCUUUGCAAAUUAGCAAUUACAAUAUGACAAGUGAACAAUGCUUUGAAUUCAGCAAUGCGACUACUCAAAUAUAUCCCAUGAAUUUGUUUUCCGUGAUCGUGGGUUGUAUUAUUCCGUUCUUUAUUAUCAUUGUAUGCUACAUAUCUGUUGUUAAGUCUUUGUUAACUUCAAAGAUAACGCAUCAGCAGCAAUUUAGCUCCCGCAGAAAAGCUGUAGUCGUAAUUAUUAUAAUAAUAUUUAUAUUUCUAAUCAAUUUUCUGCCUUAUCACAUUCUACGAACUGUGUACAUUAGCCUAAAGACAAGCAACAAAAAUACAUACCGAACUCCUUGUGUAGUUCAUACAGGUUCAGUGGUUACCCUAUGUAUUGCAGCGAUCAAUCCCUGUUUGGACCCGUUUUUAUAUUACUUCGCAUCAGAAAACUUUAGGGAUAAGCUGACAAGCACAGUGCAGAACAUAUUCAAAGGCAUCUCCUCUGCCGAUUAAUCAAACGUGAUUACAUUUGUAAAUCUAAUAAUUAUCAUUUAUGAUCGAUGGUUUUCGGUAUUUCUCCUAUUGCAGAAUCCAAAAAGUGACGUUAAAACUACUUUCUAACAAAUAAUUAAUUUUGAUUUUAUUGCCAUGGCAGUUGUGGUCUGCAAGCAAGUUACUCCGUACAACGUUUUCCUGCGAGUAUGAUUCCAGGCUGAAAGAUCAAUUGAGUCCUUUUUGUCUUUUAAGAGUAAUGAGGCUUUUUCUUACACGAUGUUGUUCGAACAUUAUAAGUAAUUCCGCGUUGAAACAAUUGCAGAUUCGGUUGCUUUGUGUUUCCUUUUAAACCUGCAACUGGAAUAGCCAGCUCAAGAAUCCUGUGAGACAUCUGAAUUCCUUCAAACCUGGCCUUCUAUGCAUGUCUAAUUUGAAUCACUCCACCAUCGCUGGGUAUUCAGCUGUUCAGGUCCUAACAGCUGAGUUUUCUCCCGAAACCCCUCUAUCUCACUAGCUCUUUUUUCUUCUUUAUUGUCAUUCCUUAAAAUCCACUUCUUUUACAACGUUUUCAAUCAUCUGCACUA